UGGGAUGUGAAAGUACUGCGUUCCUCUUUCCUGUUAGGUGCUGUUGAAGUGUGGUUGUCAAAGAUGACACCCACAAUGUCAAAGACAUAUUUAUACCAUUUUGUGUAUACCUUUUUGUGACUUUUUAGGACUACAUUUAUUUUGUGUAUUCCUGAACCCUCAAACCAAACUAUAGCUCUGUACUCUACUAAACUCUACUUUACUACUGUUUACUACUGUAAUAUGCUGUACUUAACUGCAUCUACUGUACUCUGUUAUACUCUACUUUAAUUUACGGUACUAUAAUGUACUGGAUGACUGAGCAAGUCGAAGAUUGAUCAGAGUGGCUACAGGCUAAGAGGCUAAUAGAAUCUUAGACAAAUCUACAGGCUUUUUUGUCCAAGACUGUUCAAAGUGUGCAUGUGACCACAAUAUCCCAACUCCACAAAUCUGACCUAUUCUGUAGGGUGGCAGGAAGAAAGCCAUGCUUUCUUCAUGUCACUCGAGAAGUCACACUUUUAAUUCUCUAGCCAUGUUGCGAAACAUUUUGUAGAACAUAUCUCACAUAACUCCAUUCCCACUUGUGAAGCGCGGUUGUGGCAGUGUCAUGUCAUGGGGGUGCUUCACAUCGUUAGGGAAUGGCCACUUAUCAGAAGAAGGGAUAGAAGGGAAAAUUAAUGGAGCAAUGUACAGAAAUGUUAUGGAGGAAAUCCCGAAGCCCUCUGCAAGAGAGCUGAAGCUUAAAUGCAAGUUCUCCUUUCAACACGACUCAAACCCCACACACGCAACCAAACCUACAGUGGAGUGGAGCGUCAACAUAAUGAAAUGUAUGUAGCAUGAAUGCUGUUCAUCAACACUCCCUAAGGAACGUGGCAGAGCUUGACAUUUGUUUUGUGAAGAAGAACGGUCAAAUAUUGGUGCAAGUCUCCUGCCAUCCCAAUGAUUCUCCUGUUGUCAGAUAUGCAGACUGAGUGCAGUGAACCAGGACACAGUGCGAGCGAAGUUGAUGCCUAUAAUCUUACCGAUUGCUAGGCAUGUCCAGAGGUGCAGGCGGGUUUGAGAUGGCUUUGCCAAUUGGCCACUGUGCAGCGGUUCUGGAGAGGAGUGGUGAUGAAGCACUUCUCUAUGAACAAUGGUCCAAACCAUUAAAACAACAUGACUCCCCUUUCCGAGCUCCCCUUCCCCCUUUGAGCAGAUUCCUGGUCCCUAAUUAAGUGUCUGCCAGUAAAGGUUGUUGUUACCGUGGGUCUACGCUCGUUGACGUUCCGCAGGAGGACAGGGACAUGGUCUGCAUACUGGAGAACAGCCAUGGUACAGGCCCAGUCUUCUCUCUUCCAUCUCUUAUAAGUCAUUUAACAGACACUCAGUGACCGGAUACAUUUUACAUUAGUGACUGGGUACAUUUUAAAGUAGUGAAGGGAUACAUUUUCAUACUGAUCCCCUGUGGGAUUCAAACCCACAACCCUGCCAUAGUGAAUGUGAGCUAUAUGGGACCAGUGCUAUGCUACUACACUAUACUCUACUGUGCUCUAUUCUACCACAUUACUCUCUACUGUGCUCCAGUCUAUAAUUCUACUGUAUUCUACUGCACGGUGCUCCACUCUGCUAUACUUCACUGUGCUUAAAUAGACAGGAUAAACGUUGCUGCAGUAGAGGAAGUGAGUGAAGUUAUUUUGUCUAGACAAUAAACAAGUAGAACACACAGCAGCUCCCCACCAAUCAGAGACAGCCUGCCUCCCUGCCAGUCUAACACAGACAGUGUCUCUCCCGCCAAACAGAGACAGAAUGUGUUCCGUGCCAAUGAGAGGUAGUCUGCUUCCUUGCCAAUCAGAGAGAGACUGUGUCCCUGCCAAUCAGAGUCAAACUGCCUCCCUGCCAAUCAGAGACAGACUGGCUCCCUGCCAAUCAGAGACAGCCUGCCUCCCUGCCUGAAGAGCAGCGCAUAGAGAGGAAAGAGAGAGAUGCAGAGUGUGGUUAUAGGAGCAUUCUGUACCUUGUGGGAGAGACGCCCUUCUCUCUCUGUCUUUAUUGCGUGUCUCUUCACUCUCUCUUCAUUUCCACGGUUUCUUUUCCUCUCUCUCUCUCUCUCUCUCUCUCUCUCUGUGUGAGCGUAGAUCUUAAUGCAGCUUGAGAGACCCUUUUCUCUGUACUCCUCUUCAUGUUUGGUGACUAUGAGGACUCUCCAUAGGUUAAAGUUGAUGAGUUCCCCCAGUCUCAGUGACCCGGCCAAGACAGACAAGGCAGCCUUGGAGGAGAGAGGGACCCAGCAGAGGAAAGCCGGGGCCAAUGCCACCUGGAACAGUAUCCACAAUGCAGUGAUCGCGGUGUUCCAGAAGAAGGAUCUUGGAGAGAAUGAACUCUGCACCCUAAACGAGGGAGUCCGGCAUCUACUGAAGACGGAGCUGGGCUCUUUUUUCACUGAAUACCUCCAGAACCAGCUGCUCACAAAGGGAAUGGUGAUUCUGAGGGACAAAAUUCGCUUCUACGAAGGUCAGAAGCUGCUGGACUCCCUGGCGGAGACAUGGAACUUCUUCUUCUGUGAUGUUCUGUCCAUGCUGCAGGCUAUCUUUUACCCUGUGCAGGGCAAGGAGCCGUCGGUUCGGCAGUUGGCCCUGCUUCACUUCAGGAACAUCAUCACUCUGAACGUGAAGCUGGAGGACGCGCUGUCCCGACCCAGAGCCCGUGUCCCCCCUGCCAUCAUUCAGAUGCUGCUCGUACUACAGGGUGUCCAUGAGUCCAAAGGUGUGACUGAAGACUACCUGCGUCUGGAGGUUCUAGUGCAGAAGGUGGUGUCUCCCUAUCUGGGAAGUCAUGGACUCUUCUCCAACGAUGGCUCCUCCAUGCAGAACUCCUCCUGUGUACUGGAAAAACGCCUGCAGCGACGGUGGCCCAAACCCGUCGACACCCACGCCAAGAACCCGGUGGUCCGUUCCCAGUCCUACAACGUGCCCAUGCUGACCCCCCUGGUGGAGUACGAUGUGGAGACGGGCUCCGUCGGCAGCAUCGGCAUCCGGCGCCACUCUGUAUGCGAGAUGACAUCCUGUCUGGAAGAAGGCUCCAUGACCGACACCGCCGCAGCCCAGCCAGGACCCGUGUCCUCGGACCUUAGCUUUACCAGGGUGGGUUGUGGAAGUCUGGAUCUCUGUGGGUCUGUGGAGUCCUUGGGUUCCAACCUGCGGCCUUCCGCUCACUCCGCUUCCGUCUUCCAGAACUCACCAGAACCGUUCCUGCAGGGCGGGGCGGAGUCAGUGGUGUCCCCCUUGGUUCUGUGUCAGUCCCAUUCGGGUUCGGCGACGGGAUCCAUCCCCAGCUGCUCCUCCAGCCCGGAGACCGUGAUGGACCAGAUAUUCAACUGUACGGACUCAGACCAGGAUGGCAUCUCAGACCAGGAUGGGAUCUUUAUAGAGUUCUCUAAACGUCGUUGCUCUGACUCCUCUGGGUACAGUGGGCGUCAGAGUGUGGUCUAACUCUUCAAAAAUUCCCAGUUUUUUCUAGAAAUUCCAUUUGGAUGAUUAGAUUCCUUACUGUUUAUUCUUUCCUGGUUUCCUGAAAAAUAUGCCUACAGGGAGAAUUUCACAGUUCUUCUAACGCCCAACUCCAGUUGAUACCUAGUCACCCAGUGAUUUGACAGUGGAUCUAGAUGGAUUUUUAUCAUCUCAGGCAGACUGUGGUCAGUAGUCCACAGUUUUUUCAAGAUCUCAAGAAAUGUCUGUUUGGUCACGAGACACCAGAGAACUUCUUCCCAGUGACUGAUACCCUGGCAUCUCUGCCGGCAAUACUUCCUGAAAACAUCACACACUGUUUUCUAGGCAAUUUUUUUGUGAAUCUUUCCAAACUCCCUUUAUAUAUAU